AUGGUUAUUAUAUCCGUUUUAUCUGAUGAUAAUAAAAGGCGAAAACAUCCUCGUGAAGAUGAUGUAGAUUUGGAGUAUGAUUUUGACAAAAGGUUAAAGUUGACUUCAGAAUCUGAGGAAAUGGAAGAUGCCGCUUCUGAAACUCAGGAAGGUCCCAGGAGACAAAAUGAAAGUAAUACGAAAUAUUCACUUAACCCUUCCUUAAAACUUAAAUACUCUAUCACGAAGCCUAAUAUUUACAGGGAAUCCAACAGCAGUAGCAAUGUAGGCUCUUUGGGAUCGUCUUUGUCUGGACCAGAAGUAAGCGAUUUUAUCGCCAACAAGCUCUAUCUGCACUUUUAUACGAUCUACCUUUCAAAAGCCGCUUUGAUUAAGUGGUAUAAUUCCCGCUGGAUGAUUGUGUAUCAUUUCCAAAAAUGGGUAUUAAGGUUGUUCAAUAGGUUUUAUAGGAAAUACAUCAAGAAGAUUGGUGGCUCAAACAAGAUCAAGUUAUUUAGUGAGUUCAAUUCCAUAUUGGAUAUGAUUGGUUCCAGCCAUAUCAAUUUUCAAUGGAGUGAUUUAAUGCGUAUAUUAACUGAAGAAAAUUAUCUUGAAAACGUUCGGCUUCGCAAAAGAGCGAAGGCCAGGGAUGACAAGAAACAACUACAGAGUAAUCAGGAUGGCGAAAUUAUUGAAGACCAUUCUUACAAUUAUUGGGAUAGGCUAAAAGGGAUCGAUAAGGAUGUCAAUAUGUUUGAUGUAGAUAUGCUAAAAGGCGGUGAUACAGAUAAUAAGUUUGAGGAAUUACUUGAUCUGGAUAUGGAGAUUGAAUGA